UCGUAAUUUUUUUUUUUUUUCGUUUUUUUUUUGGGUUAAAUUUAUUAUUCCGAUAAUUAAUCGCAAUCGAAUUUAAAAGGUUGACGAUUUUUCAAAUUUGGCGCUGCUGGCCUAUCGAUCGAAUCGGCCUUUUUCCUUCAAUCGAUUCCAGGAACAUCUAAGGCAAUCGCCCCCGAAGGCAUCAAAAUGUUGGGAGGUGGCAGCAGCAGCAGCAGCAGCCAAGGUAACGGCUGUGGAGGAGCUUUCUCUUCAUCGUCGGCAUUGCCGCCGGCUAGACGCCAUCAGCACCACCACCACAAUCACCACCAGCAACAACAACAACAGACGGCCUCAGCAGCAGCAGCAGCAGCAGCAGCAGCUGCUAUCAUUUCAGCCUCUUCUUGCUGGAGCCCCACCAAUCCAUUCAACGUGCUGGCCAGUGGCGGCUGUGGCGUUGGGUCAGUUGUGGCUCCGCCAACGGCCUCGGAGGAAGCGCCAACGGAGGCCGCAGCUGUGGCCUUGUCGCCCGCCAAUUUCUUGUACGCCAAUUACCCGCCUCCUCCGCUUCUGCUGCCCAGCACAGCUCCGGCCAUCCAGCGGAAGAGGCCCGGCUGCUUGUGCGACCACCAGGACGACUACGGCGAUUUCAACUGCCAUCCGGCGACAACUACAACAGCAUCCAGCGGAGGAGUUGGCUAUUACGACGAUCUGCUGGGCCACAAUUACGGCGAGUGCGGAGGCAUCCAGCAGCAGGUGAUUGAGCCGCUGGAUUUGUCACUGCCCAAAGUGAAGGUGCGCCAGCACUGGUCGGGCGGAUCCAUCGUCCAGGUCAACGACUCGACCAUCAUCAGCAUCAGCGGCCGUCGUCCGGCUCUCAGCAGAGGCUCGACAGCCAACAACAACAACAGCAACAACAGCAACAGUGACUCGACGUGUUGUUGCGGCGGCUGCUGUGCCGAUUCCGUUGGCUGCCCCAAUUCUUCUUCUUCUUCUUCCAGGCUGGACGUGUCGGUGGUGACUGUGCCACAACCAGCCCGGCCGUCAUGCUGGUCAUCAUCGCCCAGUUACGCCAACCAACAACAGUCUCAUCGACAACAACAGCAGCAACAACAACAACCAUUCCGGCUCCAGAUUGAAAUCCCAUUCGGUGCCAGUGACGACAAGUUGUUGCCCGGCUUCUUCCGCCACCACCACCACCACCGCAGGACUAACAAUAAUAAGCCGAUCCAUUGCCACAACAACAACAACAACAGCCACCUUCACCACCACUCGUCCGCCCAUCCGGCGGAAGUCUGCGCCACCAUGACGGAAGGAUCCGGAGGAGAUGAGUCUGACGACCUGCAACGGCUGUCGGACAGCGCCCACCAGCUCCGCCUCUCCGGAUAUUACUACGGCCACCUCUCCUGGAAGGAAUCCGUCCAGCUCCUCCAAAACACAAAGGUUGGGACGUUUCUAGUGCGGGACUCUUCCGACGCCCGCUACCUGUACGCCUUGAGCCUGCAGACGGACAAAGGUCCGACCAGCGUGCGGAUCCACUACUCGAGCAGCGGAUUCCGGCUGGACGCCUGCAGCACGGGCAUGGCCGACCACCUGCCGCGCUUCCGAACGGUCCUCGACCUGGUCGACCACUACGUCGCCAAAUGGUCACAGUGUCGUGACAAGGGACAGUUUUGGCUGGACAAUAGCGGGCAGGUGCACUCGGAAGUCGUCCUGAUCCGGCCGCUGAUGCGCGAUUGCCCGUCGCUGAAGCACCUGUGCCGGCUGGCCUGCAACCAGCACCGCCAGCAGCAGCCUCAGCCAGUGCUGCGCAGCGGCAGUGUUGCCAAUUCGCCGUCUUCCGUCAAGAUACCUCCGACGAUCAAGUCUUAUUUGAACGAGUAUCCCUAUCAGCACUGAAUUUUUUGAAAACAAGAAUUUAAAAUUCGACGCCAAUUUGUUUGUUUUUUUAAAACCAUAACAUUCCCUUUUUAUUUUAUUUUUAAAAAUUAAACUUUAAAAAUCUGUAUCAUAAAAACAAAACGACAAAACUUUGAAAGAAAAUGGCCAAUUUCGUUCAUUUCUGUUAUACCGAGUCAAUCCUAAAUAAUGAUGUGCUGUAUAACUUUUUUUUUUUUAAUUUCCCCCGACCAAGACACACACACACACACACAUACAAAGCGCGGGAACAUUUUGAAAAACAAAAUAUCUCGUCAUCAACGACACAGUGCAUGUGUGUGUUUAUUUUCUCUUCUAUUUCUCUGAUAAUUCAAAUUUUUGUACAUAUAUCUAUAUAUAUAUACUUAUUUUUUAAGCGUCAUCAAUUUUGGAAAUAUUUGAAACAUUUUUCGCUCUCUCUCUCCCUCUCUCUCUCUCUACUUUGAACAGAAAAAGAAAAAAUCAAUUAUAUAUCAUUUUCUUUGCGCCUCACCGAGCUUUUUUGUCCUCUUGUAUAAUAUCGUCGUUGUUGAUGUUGUUGUUGUUGUUGUGUACAAAAAGAAAAGAAAAAAGAAAAAAUUUUUUUUACCCCCAUCA